AUGAACGGCAGCGGCGGCGGGAGCGGCUGCGUUGGGUCGGGCGAGCGCAUCAGCUGCAUGAGCAGCGUCCAGUGGGCAGGCCCGUUGGCUGGCCCGGCCCGGGGCCCCCUCCAGCCCCUCUGGCUGCUGCUGAAAUCCCGGGAGGCCCUGCUCCAGUCGCCCCUGUUCCCCGGGACGUUCUCCUUCGUGACUUACAUGGGCUUCUGCCUGCCCUUCGUCCUCCUGGACUUUCUCAGCUGGAAGGUGCCAGCCCUGCGGAGGUACCAGCUCAACCCCCAGGCCUCGCCCUCUCCGCGUCAGAUGCUGCUUUGCUUGGCUCAGUCCGUCUACCACCACCUGGUCUUCAUCUUCCCUCUGACGGUGGCCCACUGGGCCUGGAGGCCGGUGGACUUCCCGGAGGCGGCCCCCGCGCUCCUCGAGGUCCUCAGCCAGGUGAUCGCCUGCUUGCUGCUCUUCGACUUCCAGUACUUCCUCUGGCACUGGCUGCACCACAAGGUGCCUUGGCUCUACCAAACCUUCCACAAAGUCCACCACAAGCACACCUCCGCUUUUGCUCUGGCCACCCAGUAUUCCAGCAUCUGGGAGCUCCUGUCCCUGGGAUUCUUCGCCACCGUGAACCCUAUGCUCCUCCGGUGCCACCCUCUCACCGAAAUGACCUUCUUCCUCGUCAACAUCUGGCUCUCCGUGGAGGACCACUCGGGCUACGACUUCCCCUGGUCCACUCACCGGCUGGUGCCCUUCGGCCUGUACGGGGGAGCGCCCCACCAUGACAUUCACCACCUGAAGUUUAAGUCCAACUAUGCCCCGUACUUCACUCACUGGGACUGGCUAUUCGGGACCCUGGCCUCUCGCCAUCCCAAGUAAGAACUUCUCUCCUCGACAAGUGCUUCUCUACUGAAAGGGGACCCUCCGGCAUUUCACACGGGGAUGG